CUUCCAGCUGCGUCCACCAUGUCUGUCUGCUCCAGCGACGUGAGCUACAGCAGCCGGGUCUGCCUGCCCGGUUCCUGCGACUCCUGCUCGGACCCCUCCUGGCAGGUGGACGACUGCCCCGAGAGCUGCUGCGAGCCCCCCUGCUGCGCCCCCAGCUGCUGUGCCCCCACCUACUGCGCCCCCACCUGCUGUAACUCCACCUGCUGCGCCCCCACCUGCUGUAACUCUUCCUGCUGUGCUCCCACCUGUUGUGCCCCGACCCCCUGCCUGACCCUCAUCUGCACCCCAGUGAGCUGUGGGACCAGCCCCUGCCAAUCUGUCUGCACCAGCUCCUGUGAGCCCUCCUGUGGCCAGCAGUCUAGCUGCCAGCCUGCUUGCUGCACGUCCUCCCCCUGCACAUCCUGCUGUGUGCCCGUCUGCUGCAAGCCCGUGUGCUGCAGACCCUCCUCCUGCGUGUCCCUCCUCUGCUGCCCCGUGUGCAAGCCUGCCUGCUGUGUGCCCCCCUCCUCCUGCUGUGCCCCCGCCUCCUCCUGCCAGCCCAGCUGCUGCCGCCCGGCCUCCUGCGUGUCCCUCCUCUGCCGCCCCGUGUGCAAGCCCGCCUGCUGCAUGCCCACCUCCUCCUGCUGUGCCCCCACCUCCUCCUGCCAGCCCAGCUGCUGCCGCCCGGCCUCCUGCGUGUCCCUCCUCUGCCGGCCCGCGUGCCCCCGCCUGGCCUGCUGCGGCCCCUCCCUGGCCCGGACGUCCUGCUGCUGA